GCAAUUACCACAGCACGAUCGAAUAGCAACAGUUCAUGCCCAUGUGAUCGAUUACGACCGUGCGCACGGAUCAGAACCAGCAGUGUUACUAAUCAUGGAACGUUUGGCAAGAGAUCUACAUAUCGCACUCAAGCAAGGAUUGUCCUGGCUUCGCCGACUAAUCGUAGCAAGAGAUGUCGCCGAGGGUGUACGGUACCUACACAGUCAAGGACUGAUUCAUCGAGACAUCAAACCGCGAAAUGUGCUUCUCGAUCUGAACGACCGGGCCAAAUUGACAGACUUGGGAUUCUGCAAGCCACAAGCGAUGAUAGGUGGCAGCAUUUUAGGUACUCCGCUACAUAUGGCACCUGAAAUACUCCAGAAGAAGUACGAUUACACGAUUGAUAUUUACGCUUGGGGUAUCCUAUUUUGGUACAUUUGUGCCGGGAGCGUGCACAUGCCACGUAACUUUGACAAGUGUACGAACAAGGAGGUUUUGUGGAGCACCGUUCGUAA